UCUUUCUCCCCCACCUUUGUGUUCUCUCCUUCCCUCCCCCUCUCUCCCUAGUUGUGAUCUGGAGGACAGGCUUGGAUCUAAAGUGACCCAGGACUUCCUAACUCUCUUUUAAGGUGCCAGGGCUGGUGGUGACACAUUAGCUGUCCAGUGUCCAUGGCGUGUGAGUGACCAGCUGCCACAACGCAAUGCCAAUCAAGAUGAUGUCAUCGCCACAUGUUCUGCUCUCUUAAAGAGACAGACUCCUACUGCACAAUGGGCGAGAGAGCAGGCUUGGCACAGCUGGCUCAGGCUCUAUAUGAUAAUACAGCAGAGAGCCCAGAGGAACUGAGUUUUCGCAGAGGGGACGUCAUGUUGGUUCUGGAACGAGAUGCUCCAACCCUUGGAGGAUGGUGGCGCUGCUCUCUGAGGGGGCAACAAGGUAUUGCACCUGGGAACAGACUGCGGCUUCUUACUGAUACACCAUCACAAGAGAAUGAGUAUCAAGCUCCACGUGCACUGAGGGCUCCAACAGAUAAGGAGGAACCUCAGAGUGUCAAGGAGAUACCACAGACUCUGUCAGAAACUGAGGUAUAUGAAGUCCCCCCAGUGGCACGACCCUGCCUCAUUCCUCCAUUGACUGGAGCUCAGGAUGAUAUUUACAAAUGUCCUCGUCUCAUAGGGGCAUUGGUGCAGAACCCACAAGAGAUAUAUGACAUGCCUAAGUUACUGAGAGACUCCCAGAGUGCACCUGAGACAUACGAUAGUCCAGCAUUAUCGAGAGCUGUGGUAUUGAUGCCCCCGGAACCCAUACCCACCCAAUCGGAGACAAUUCCAGAGGAUAUUUAUGAUGUUCCUCCAAUCUUUCAUAGUCUACCAGAUACAGAGGGUGAUGAGGAAGAUGGAGUGUAUUCUAUGCCAUCAAAUCUUAAGAGGGUAUCAGGACUACAAAACCUAUAUGAGGCACCUGAAGAUAUACUGAGCACUGGUCAUCCCUUAGAAACCCUAGAACCUCCUCAUACGCACCGUCUUUCAAUCUCAAGUGUUGGUAGUGCUCGGUCUGUAGAUUCUGCAGGAAGCAGAGAGUCUAACUUGCCACCUUCCCUAGUUUUGGAGUAUCGUAAUGAUGGCACAUGCACACUAGAAGCCUUGAGAGUGCUCCACCAUGAACUACAGAGAGCAUUUCCUUUUGUGGAUGAAGGAUUAGAGGAGUUGGAGGCAUCUAAGAAAGUAGACACUCUAAGGGAUUUUAUUGGCAUGGCACAUAUAGCUUUACUCCGCUCUUGUCAGGCAUCAGACCCCUCUCUUCACAGAGAGCUCUCUGGCCAUGUGGAACAGCUUGAACGUGUCAUGCGUGACAUGCAAGCAGGAGGGAAGCAGAAUCCACUACCCAAAGUGGUACAAGAAGAAAGUGGAUACAUUGUAAGUCUUAUCAAUGCUAAUGCUGCCCUUCUGUUCCCUCGCCCUCGACUGAGCUCAAGUGAGAGCCUCUCCCGCCGCCCACUACCUGCACUCCCCAUUGCCUCUCCAGCCACCCACAGGAAGGGAAGCAUUCAAGACAGACCUCUUCCACCACCACCCACGCUGUCUCAUACACAGUUUAACAAUGAGGAAACUGCUGACAGCGAGUAUGAAAGGAUACAGUGCAAAGACAAUCAUUAUGUACAUUUACAGGAAAGGGUUACAGCUCAGAUUAAACCAAAACCUGGAGAAAAACAUGCAGAUGCUGAUCUUAGCAAAUUAAAGGCAAAUAAUGAGAUUGCGCUGAGUCCUGAUCCCUCAGAAGAAGACCUCCACUUGUUGCGUUUCUAUGCAGCUCAGAGCCACGGACACCUAGAAACACUUCUAUCCUACGUGAACACUUUCCUAGAUUGUGCUAGCUCACAGCCCCCACGUGUCUUUGUGGGACAUGGGAAACAGUUGGUGAUUGCAGCACACAAGCUGGUUUUCAUUGGCGAUACACUGGGGCGUCUCCUUAGUUGUGGCCAAUUACAGUCUCAGUUAGCAGGGGAGUCAGGAGCCUUGUGUCAAGCACUGAAAGAAGUGGUGCUUGCAACAAAGGAGGCAGCUGCGCUAUACCCUUCCUCUUCAGCUCAGAAAGCCAUGGUGAGCAGCGUUUCUGUACUCUGUACCUACGCUCAAAGCUUCACAGAUCUGUUGAAGAGUUUAGCUAGUUGAAAGAGUAACAAUAAAGUAUCCUGUAUGGUCAUAUGAUAAUCUACCUUAGAAUAUGGGAGCUGAGGGCACUCUCUGAGCAUUUGACAUGUGGCAGAAUACAGCUAGCUGAGGGACCAUGCCACCCUUAAGACUUUAAGUUGUUUUUUUUUAUAUGUUUUUAACAAAUUAUUUAUUUUGUAUGAUAAGGGCAGAGUGAAAGAUGUGUUUUCUAAAUAAUAAAACGGUACAACUCUUAA